CAAUCUCAUGUGAUCAGUUAUUUUAGCCUUCCCCCCAUUCUCCUUCCCUUUCCGCUGUCUCUCUCACGCACAACACGCAUUUAUUGCAGAUCCGAAAAUCAAAGUUUUAUUCUCCUUUCUCUAAUUUCCUUUUGUAAUUGUUUGUCUGAGGGGAGGCCUCCUUCUUUCUCUUUGAUUCCGACAGGAGGGAAGGCCAUGUGAAUUAUUUGAAAACAGGGAAGACUAGUGACUAAAUAUUAAUAUCAAUCCUGUCAUUCUUCAAACUGGUUUAUGAAAUGGGUAGCAGGGGCUGUGGAAAGCUGGGAACAAUGAUGAAGGACGGAUCAAUAAGUGCUUACCAGUUUUCACUUCUCCUAUCUCCUGUUAUUUCUUUUUGGGAAUGUAGUGUGCGUAAAAUGAGGUAUUCAUUCAGACCUGAGUGGGUGUAGGUAUAAUUUUCAGAUAUUUACUCCUUUUCUAGUUUUCAAAGUUUUUUUUCAGCUGAUUAAGUGUUCAAUAACAAGUUUCGAAAGAACAGAAACAUAUAGGUGAUUAGAUAAUGUAUACUUCUUAGGGAAAUUUUCUAGGAAAACGAAGAGGAAAUUCAGGAAAAGUUGUUGAGGGCAUAUAUAGGAGAGUGUAGUAUUAUUAGGGUUGAUUGUGCCUGGAUAUCAUGGAGGGCGCUAAAGUAACAGCCGGUGUUAGGAAAGCCAAGAAGAAGCAGGUGAAAGACGAGCUUGAUCGCAUUAAACAGGCUGAGAAGAAAAAGAGACGCUUGGAGAAGGCUUUGGCUACUUCAGCUGCCAUCCGUUCUGAACUGGAAAAAAAGAAGCAGAAAAAGAAAGAAGAACAGGAGAGGCUUGAUGAAGAAGGUGCUGCAAUAGCUGAGGCAGUUGCGCUGCAUGUCCUACUUGGUGAAGACUCGGACGAUUCAAGUAAAUUGAUGCUGAAGAAGGAUGAGGGGCUGACCUCGUGGGAUCAUGCUAGCAAUAUGGACAUCUUUGUGGGGGCAAGAAGGGCUGUGGUUCCUCAUCAAGAUCUGUCAAAGAAUUCGUGUGAAAAUAUUGGAUGGGUUUCUGAUCCUCAUAGAUAUGGACGUGUGUGGAAUUACUGGGGAAAUUCGAAUUUGAUGGUCUCAUCUGAUUCUCUUGGCAAAGAAUUCUGCCCUCAGUAUUUUAGAGAGGAUGGUUGGGGCUCUGUUGGUUUGUCUGCAGGUCAUCUUGCUGCUCAGGCUGUUUCAUCACUUAAGAUAGCUGAUGAUGCACGGGUAGAUGCCUAUGUGUUCAACCGUAUGUUGAGAGGAUAGAAGAAACAACCAUUGCUGGUCAACUUGUGCCAUGCUAGAUUUGUUGUUUUGAAUAAUGGUCUGUAUAUAUUCUGAAGUGAGUUCAUCUCUCCUUUUCAUAAGACAUCAAGCUUGUAUUAUCAACAUAUUCAAACGCUGGCUUUUUGGCUUUUGUAGUUUGCUUUUGAUUA